AUGGCAGAUAAUGGAGAGGGUUCAUCUUUAACCCCAACCCGGUCUAUGCCGAUAGCCUCGUCCUCGAUACGUUCAAGGUCUCCUGGGCCUGACUUUGGUAACAGGCAGGCUUCCAUGGCACGACUCGCCUCCCCAGUGCCCUCCCCUUCUUUGGGGACAUCUUUGUCAUCUAGACAGGGUAUCCCGGCUAUGCGACCUGUCACAAACACCUCCGAUCAGGAAUUCUCAAAGUCAUACACCAAUCAAGCCUCGCUUCCUGGUCCUGGUCAAUCAAUAAUCGCAUCCCAACUCCAAGAAAGCUUUGGUCGCUCGCCGCCGAGGUUUGGAACUCCCUCACGCCACAAUGGGUCUCCUGCCCUGCAUCCGACCCUAGAUAACCGCCCAGUUGCCUCUCAGUAUGGUUCUUUCGAUACCAAAAUUGGACCCGACUCCCCGGGGACGGCUCCCAACGAAGACCCUGAGGUUAUCAAGAGACAUCUAGUGACGGACCAUGGAGAUAACCUAUCCGAGGUCGCUACCAGCUUUGGCGGCGAUGACCACUUCUCCAGUUUACAAUUGCAAGGUGGUGAUAUUACACGGCAAGUGUACCGUUGGGCAGAGGAUGCCGAGGCCGAGGCCGCAGGCCGCUACUUGCGCAGCAAAAGUUUCAGUCUCAGUCGUCCAAGGCCAGAGGCUGAGACAGAAGACAUCAAUACAAUCCAAGUUCCAGGAGGAUUUCGGAGAGACUAUCUCCGGAGAGCAGUUGGAAGUCCUGUGCGUGGAAGCGCUCAGGGGUCCGUUCAAGGCGCUUCCCAUGGACAUGGCGCGCCUCAACUACCCACUACGAGCUUCUUGGAAUUCUUGACUCUCUACGGACAUUUCGCUGGAGAAGAGUUAGAAGAAGAUGAUGAGGUCCUAGGGCCAGAUGAGUACUUCUCGUCUGAUGCCUGGGACGAACCAGAAGAGGGCAGGGAAUCCGGAGAAGACGCCGCGCUGUUGCAGCCAGAGACCCCGGGUCGGAAAAAGAGAAAGCACAAGCAACGCUCUCCGGCAGGAACAACAACUGCAACAGGUGCGGUACUUUUGCUACUUAAGUCCUUUGUUGGUACCGGUAUCUUAUUCCUUCCUCGUGCCUUCUUGAACGGCGGUAUGCUCUUCAGUAGCAUGGUGCUGUUGGGAGUCUCUAUUCUGAGUUACUAUGCCUUCAUUCUCCUAGUCAAUACUCGCAUGAAGAUCGAAGGUUCUUUCGGUGACAUUGGUGGCAUUCUAUAUGGAAAGCACAUGCGACGCAUCAUUCUCGGAUCAAUUGUCCUCAGUCAAUUGGGCUUCGUGUCAGCGUACAUUGUCUUCGUUUCGCAAAAUCUGCAAGCAUUCGUACUGGCCGUGAGCAAGUGCGCCACUUUCAUUGAUAUUAAGUACGUGGUGUUGUUGCAGCUGAUCAUCUUCCUACCGCUGUCUUUGAUUCGGGAUAUCAGCAAACUUGGCUUCACGGCGCUGAUUGCUGAUGUCUUUAUUCUCUUGGGCUUGCUCUACAUCUACUACUACGAUGUCAGUACUUUGGUCGCCCAGGGCGGCAUUUCUGAUGUCAAAUCCUUCAACCCGGCCACUUGGUCCAUGUUCAUUGGUACCGCAAUUUUCACCUACGAAGGCAUCGGUCUUAUCAUUCCAAUUCAAGAGUCGAUGAAGCAGCCAAAUAGGUUCCCUGGUGUGCUGGCUGGUGUAAUGGUCGUCAUCACAUUCAUCUUCCUCUCUGCAGGUGCCUUGAGUUACGCGGCUUAUGGAUCCUCAACCAAGACUGUUAUCCUUCUCAACCUUCCCCAGGAUGACAAAUUUGUCAACGUCGUUCAAUUCCUCUACUCACUCGCCAUCUUGCUGAGCACUCCGCUGCAACUCUUCCCCGCAAUCCGCAUCAUGGAGAAUGAGUUGUUCACCCGCAGUGGCAAGUACAACCCAUACAUCAAGUGGAAGAAAAAUGGCUUCCGUUUCUUCCUUGUUGGGGUCUGUGCCGUUGUUGCCUGGUGUGGCGCGGAUGAUCUUGAUAAAUUCGUCUCGCUAGUCGGAAGCUUUGCUUGUGUUCCAUUGAUCUACGUGUACCCGCCCCUCCUGCACCUGCGCGCUUGUGCUCGCUCGAAACGCCAAGCUAUCGCCGACGUCACUCUUGCUGUCUUCGGUACCAUCUGUUGUAUCUAUACGACAUUCCUUACCCUCAAGAGCUGGAUGGGCCCCGAGGUUCCCCAGAGCCCAGGAUACUGUGACUCUCACUGA